AAGAAAAAAAGAAAAAAGACACAUAAAAAGAGGUUAAUAACAGUAAGCAUCAAAUUAUUGAGCACAACUGAAUCCAUCAGCAAACUGGAAGCUAUGGCCGUCACAAAAUCCAUGUUACGCUUGAAUUUCUCUCGCAAUUUCCUCAGUCCAUUCUCUUCUCAGAGCAAAUUCAAACCCUACACCUCUGCUUCCACCUCAGAGUUCGCCGCCGCCGACAUCGACGUCGACGACGCCGCCGUCAUAAACGGCGAACCCACUUGCCCAACUGAGCUAUUAUCCACAGAAGAAGCUGAAAUAGCUGAAAAGAUUCAUUCUUUAAUCAAAGACCAUCACCGCAAAAACCCUGCACCUAUCCCCACCUUAAACCCUAACGUCACUCUCCCUACUCUCUCCUUCGACUUCUCUACAACCUUCGAUAACCGCCCCAUUUCUCCGCGGGUCGUAAACCGGGUCAUUGAAAAAUGUGGGUCGGUUCGCCACGGCAUUCCAUUUUCACAGGCUUUAGCUUUCUUCAACUGGGCUGCAGCUCGUGACGCGCGUGGAUAUUUCCUAAACCCUGAGCCUUACAACGAAAUGAUAGAUCUUUCUGGUAAAGUACGCCAAUUUGAUGUUGCUUGGCAUUUGAUAGAUUUAAUGAAACUGAAAAAUGUGAAAAUUCCUAUUGAAACUUUUUCGAUUUUGAUUCGUCGUUAUGUUCGGGCCGGGCUUGCUUCUGAAGCUGUUCAUACGUUUAAUAGAAUGGAGGAUUAUGAUUGUAAGCCCGAUAGGAAUGCGUUUUCUGUUGUUAUAGGGAUAUUGUGUAAGAAAAGAAGGGCAUUAGAAGCACAAUCUUUUUUUGAUAGUUUGAAGGAUAAAUUUGAGGCUGAUGUUGUUUUGUACACUAGCUUGGUUCAUGGUUGGUGUCGGGCGGGUAAUAUAUCCGAGGCAGAGAGGAUUUUUCGUGAAAUGAAGGAGGCAGGGGUGCAGCCUAAUGUGUAUACUUAUAGUAUUGUGAUUGAUGCUUUGUGUAGGGGCGGGCAAAUUACUCGAGCCUAUGAUGUUUUCUCGGAGAUGAUUGAUUCGGGUUGUCAACCUAAUGCGAUUACAUUUAAUAACCUUAUGCGCGUCCAUGUGAAGGCAGGGAGGACGGAGAAGGUGCUGCAGGUUUAUAAUCAGAUGAAGAGGCUAUCGUGCUCUCCCGAUGUUAUUACGUAUAAUUUCUUGAUUGAUGCUCAUUGUAGGGAUGAGAAUCGCGAUGAAGCUCUUAAGGUGGUUAACGUUAUGGUUAAGAAAGGAUGUGAAGCAAAUGCUUCUACCUUUAACCCUAUUUUUAGGUGCAUUGCUAAGGCUCGUGAUGUGAAUGCUGCUCAUCGAUUGUAUGCAAAGAUGAAGGAGUUGAAGUGUAAGCCUAAUACAGUAACGUACAAUAUAUUGAUGAAGAUGUUUGCUGAUUCGAAAUCAACUGAUAUGGUUAUCAAGCUUUGGAAGGAAAUGGGUGAGAAUGAAGUGGAGCCUAAUGUGAACACUUUCAAGAUUCUGAUUUCGAUGUACUGUGGGAUGGGACAUUGGAAUAAUGCUUACAAAUAUUUUAAAGAGAUGAUCGAGGACAAGUGCUUGAGACCAAGUGAGUCGGUUUAUGACAUGGUUCUAAAACAACUAAGGAAAUCGGGGCAACUAAGGAAGCACGAAGAAUUGGUGGAAAAGAUGAUCGAUAGGGGAUUUGCUACUCGUUCUGUGUAAAAGGCCGCCAAGUUUGUUUGGAUAGCUUAUGGAGUUAUGUCUUCAGCUGGACUGUGGAAUCUCAGGAGCUCCGAGCACCGAUGUUAAAAACUCGGUCUUGUUGGCCAUACAAAGGCUGGAGUUGCAGCCAUAUUGAUCUUGCAUUUGAAACUUACUAGUAAUGGAACAUUUCGAGCUUAGUGGCAAAUUCAUUUCCUUAAGAAAGUGAAAGGUAAGGUUCCUUUUCUUUUGCUGAAUGAUAAUUUAACGAGAAAUGUUAUGCCACUGUUGCUCUCGGAUAAUCAGACUAAAGGCAUUAGGGAGUAUUUGAUCUUGUAGUAUAGGCAUUAACACAUAUCGAAAAGUUAAGUUUUCCUUUCAAAUCUGAAGUACCUUGUACAAGAAUUUUGAUUUGUUUUCUAUAUAAACAUGUCCAAGUGUGACCAGAUGUUUUGCUACCAUG